CAAAAGCUGCUCCGUGCUCUCUUGUGUUUGUGCCCACAGAGCCAGCACAUCACCCCUCUGUCCCUGUCCCUGGGGAUUCAGUGGUGCCCUGGGAGCUCGACCUGCCCUGACCUGCUGUGGGACACAUCCGUGCACAACCCCUCCAUCCAGCCAUGCUGCACUUCCUCUGGGACAGCAUCUCCUUCCAUACGCUCCUCGUCUUCCUCAUUGUCUUCCUGUUUGUCGCUGACUACAUGAAGAACAGAAACCCAAAGAACUUCCCUCCCACCCCUUUACGCCUUCCCUUUGUAGGGCACCUUUAUUUGAUGGACUUCAAAGAUCCCAUAAGCACAGUGAAGAAGCUUAGUAAAAAAUAUGGUGACAUCAUUGGCAUGUCCAUGGGCAGCAUGAAGCUUGUGGUAGUAAAUGGGAUGCGGCUGGUUAAGGAAGUGCUCGUAAACCAAGGGGAAAACUUCCUGGAGCGACCAGAAAUGCCUAUUCACAAGGAUAUGUUCAGCAAGAUAGGACUGAUCUCCUCCAAUGGGCACUUGUGGAAGGCACAGAGGAGGUUCACCCUGAGCACCCUCCGAAACUUUGGCUUGGGGAAGAGGAGCGUGGAGGAGCGCAUCCAGGAGGAGUGCCGAUUCCUCGUGGAUGCCUUUAAGGAUGAGCAGGGAAAUCCUUUCAACCCUCAGUUUACACUCACUAAUGCUGUUUCAAAUGUCAUCUGCUCCCUUAUCUUUGGCAAUCGGUUUGACUACCACGAUGAGGACUUCCAAAAAUUGCUGAAGCUUCUGCAUGAGAUUAUUAUCCUUCAGGGAACCAACACAGCUCAGGUACAACCCUCCUGCCACCACCCCACAGCCAUAGUUUCUUCUCUGGAGUCAUCCCCAGAGCUCAGUGUUGUUAUCACCAAACCUGUCUUUGCCUAUUGCUUUGCACAGGGUGGAUUGGCCUGUCAUUUCUUUCUGCCUUACUUUCAAGCUGGGCCUUGCUCGUGCUGCUUUCUCUCCCUCAGCAUCACUUCUCCUUACACUAAAAAAUAUGGUGACAUCUUCGGCAUGUCCAUGGGCAGCAUGAAGCUUGUGGUAGUAAAUGGGAUGCGGCUGGUUAAGGAAGUGCUUGUAAACCAAGGGGAUAACUUUUUGGAUCGCCCAGAAAUUCCUAUGGAUAUGUUCAGCAAGAUAGGACUGAUCUCCUCCAGUGGGCACUUGUGGAAGGCACAGAGGAGGUUCACCCUGAGCACCCUCCGAAACUUUGGCUUGGGGAAGAGGAGCGUGGAGGAGCGCAUCCAGGAGGAGUGCCGAUUCCUCGUGGAUGCCUUUAAGGAUGAGCAGGGGAAUCCUUUUGACCCUCAGUUUACACUCACUAACGCUGUUUCAAAUGUCAUCUGCUCCCUCACCCUCGGCAAUCGGUUUGACUACCACGAUGAGGACUUCCAAAAAUUGCUGAAGCUGAUGCAUGAGACAGUUUUCCUUCAGGGAGCCAUCACAACCCAGAUCGGACAGGCUCGGCAGCCAGUGCUGGAGGACAGGAACAACAUGCCCUACACCAAUGCUGUCAUCCAUGAGGUGCAGAGGAAAGCCAACAUUGUCCCUUUCAACGUGCCAAGAAUGGCGGCAAAGGACACGAUCCUGGAUGGCUUCUUCAUCCCAAAGGGCACUGUUUUAACAAUAAAUAUAACCUCUGUGAUGUUUGACAAGAAUGAGUGGGAAACUCCCGACACUUUUAACCCUGGGCAUUUCCUGAAGGAUGGGAAGUUCUGGAAAAGAGAAUCGUUUCUGGCAUUUUCUGUGGGGAAGCGCGCCUGCCUGGGCGAGGUGCUGGCCCGCUCCGAGCUCUUCCUCUUCUUUACGUCUCUGCUCCAGAAAUUCACCUUCCAGGCACCCCCGGACACCACACUCAGCCUCCAGCCCCUGAUGGGCAUCACGAUGGCCCCACAGCCCUACAAGAUCUGCGCUGUGCCUCGGUAGGCAAGCCUCAGCCACAAUCCUCACAGGGAAAAUCUUUUGUCAGGAGUGCUGAAAACAAGGUCUUGGCAGCUCUGCUCUGCUCAAGGGAGAGGCAGGGCUGUUUGUUUCUUUUAAAGCAGUUGCUAAAUAAUUUCCUUUAUAUGUGGACCUUGUGCUCUGUUUGCCAUGAGAAAUGUCAUCAGCCUGGGAGCUGCCUGGGCACUUUCAGGCCCUAUGGCACUUUAAAUGAAUGAGAGGUUUGGGGCCUUCCUAAUUUUAUGAUGGAUGGCCAUAGUUCACCUUGGCAAAAUGAGGGACACUUGAGAGAUUGCAGUGUAGAGGCUGUGGCUGUGUACAGUCGAAGAGCAAUACCAGCCCUUGUUUUGUAACACUAAUACAAGAAUAGAAGCAGUAAUUCAUCACCAUUUUAAGGAAAUGUACUCCUCUAAAAAAAAAAAAA